CCCUUGCUACACACAACCUGCCUUACAUGCAACAUUUUUUUGUUCUGGAAAGCCUUGGGAUCCUGUUAAUACCUAUUGCUGUAGGUGCUGAGGGGAAACAGAUGAAGAAUAUGAACUAUAGAAGCUUCCCAUCACUGAGAGGACAAAGCUGACACCUGGCGGAGGCCCUGAGAGUGAGUUUGUGUGUAUGAACGAUUCACAUACGAAGAAGGCAACUCUGAUCUCCAUUAUCACACCAUUAGCUUCAGACGAAGCCCACCUUCUCCACUCUGGGAGGCUGGAGAUGGGACCCUGCAAACCACGCCCCUGCUUUGCCAACAGCUUCCUAUUGGCCGCUGCCAAUGAGGGGAGCAGGAGGACUUCCUGUUUGCUUCCUCUACUUCCUGCUUCUGAGAGCGUUGCCAUGGCGACAUCUGUUUACCGCGCAGAGGCUGUUGGGUGGAGAAGCUGCGCUAAAUCCCUUUUCCAGUAACUGAGGACAGAGCUGUCAGCUGCGUCUGGAGAAGUCGAGGCCUCAGUGUGGGAUCUUUUCUCUGAGCUCAGAGACCCCAGCAUUAGUUGACCAGCGGCCCCCUUGAAACUCAACAGAGAGAUUAAAGAGGAACCUGGAGAAGUUUCCUGGCCAGCUUGUGACUAUCAGAAAAUACAUUUUAGAAUGUUAGAAGACUCAGGGAUGUAGUUGUUCGCAUUUGCUGCCAUGGAACCCUACCAGUCUUCCCUUGGAAACAGAAUCACACCCUGGCAAGAGAUCUUCACUCAACAACAAAAAAGCUAUUAAAGGAUUCUUUGCUCCUCCUUCGCUGGGCCCAGUCUCUGCUGGUCUCCCAUUCCAGGAUGAUGAUUAAGUGGAAGAGACUCUGCCAGCAGCAUCACCUGUGGGCUCUGGGCUGCUAUAUGUUCCUGGCCAUAGUUGCUCUGAAAUUUUCUCUCCGAUUAAAAUGUGACCCUGAAGUCACAGGGGAUCACCUGGAGUCCAGGGGAUUCCAAAGCCAGCGCUGUAGGGAUAUGUUGUACAAGACUUUGAAGCUGCCAGCAAGGAGCUCCAUCAACUGUUCGGGGGUCACCCGAGGGGACCAGGAAGCUGUGUUUCAGGCCCUUCUGGAUAACCUGGAGAUCAAGAAGAAGCGGGAACCUCUCACAGAUACAGACUACCUCUCCCUGACCAGAGACUGUGAGCACUUCAAGGCCAAGAGAAAGUUCAUACAGUUUCCACUGAGCAAAGAAGAGUUAGACUUUCCUAUUGCAUACUCCAUGGUGGUUCAUGAGAAGAUUGAAAACUUCGAAAGGCUGCUACGAGCUGUGUAUGCCCCUCAGAACAUAUACUGUGUUCACGUGGAUGAGAAGUCCCCAGAAACUUUUAAAGAAGCAGUCAAAGCGAUUAUUUCAUGCUUCUCAAAUGUCUUCAUUGCCAGUAAACUGGUUCCAGUGAUUUAUGCAUCCUGGUCCCGGGUGCAGGCUGACCUGAACUGCAUGGAAGAUUUGCUCCAGAGCUCAGUGCCAUGGAAAUACUUCCUCAAUACCUGUGGAACAGACUUUCCAAUAAAGACCAAUGCUGAGAUGGUCCAAGCCCUCAAGAUGUUGAAUGGGAGGAACAGUAUGGAAUCAGAAAUACCUUCUGAGUCCAAAAAACUGCGCUGGAAAUACCACUAUGAGGUCAAAGACACAUUGUACAUAACAAACAAGAAGAAGGAUCCUCCCCCUAGUAAUUUAACUAUGUUCACAGGGAAUGCCUAUAUUGUGGCUUCCCGAGACUUCAUCCGACAUGUCUUAAAGAACCCCAAAUCCCAACAACUGAUUGAAUGGGUAAAAGACACCUAUAGCCCCGAUGAGCACCUCUGGGCCACCCUUCAGCGUGCACGAUGGAUGCCUGGAUCUUUUCCCUACCACCCCAAGUAUGACAUCUCAGACAUGACUUCCAUUGCCAGACUGGUUAAGUGGGAAGAGCAUGAGGGAGACAUCAGUAAGGGGGCACCAUAUGCCCCUUGCUCUGGAAUCCACCAGAGGACUAUCUGUAUUUAUGGAGCUGGGGACCUGCAUUGGAUGCUUCAAAACCAUCACCUGUUGGCCAACAAGUUUGACCCAAAGGUAGAUGAUAAUGCUCUUCAGUGCUUAGAAGAGUACUUACGACAUAAGGCCAUCUACGGCACUGAACUCUGAGACACACUAGGAGAAAGUUGCUACUUGUGGGGCAAGAGCCUGUGCGAACAUGCCCAGAACUUCCUGGGACAGUGUGGGGUGGCAGACCAGGGCUUUGGAAUCCUUGGUAUCCCCUAGAAUGAGGGGUGCUGCUGAGUGUUAGUGGAUCUGCUGCCGCAAGCCUUGCCAACUGUGCUCAAGCCCUGACCCCAGGAGUUCCUCCGGCCUUUAUCACAGAGUGAGAAUGUGAGAGCUGCUGUUAUUUGGGAGAAGAAGGGGGGUGGGAGGGUGGCAGAGGACACUGGAUUUCAGUUGAAUGCCUCGUGGCUGCUUUUUUGCUCUGGGUAGAGGCUAUUCUUAAUUAUUUUCGGCUCGGUAGUGCAGAGGGGGACUUUGGUAGAAAGAGAGCCUCUCCUUUUGUACUGUAUCUAAAAAAUAAAUAGCUCCUGACUCAAAGUCCUACCUCUACUUUUUGCCUAAUAUACCAGAAAUAGUACAAAUGUAAACAGAUAAGAUGUAUGAGAUUUUUUGUCACAACUGUUGGUGACAUUUAAUAUCCCUAGUGGCUGACAAGAGAGUCCUCAUUAUUCUGAAAUGGUCUGAGCAACCUGUAUGAAUAAAAAACUCAACAAAUGUAUAGAACAGAGCUGAUUCUUCCAUUGUUGAAAGCCCUCUCAUUUUGUUGAUGUGGUUCAUGACUUCUGUAAGGGAAAAGGCAGGGGGAUUUAGCCAGUUUGACCACCCCUACCCCUGUGGAAAAAUCAUGGCACUAAAUGUUGUCAGUGUCACAGCCAAAGCUUAACAAAUGUUCCAUAACAGGGUUAAUAGCCAUUUAGGUAAAGGCACACACAAGGUGUCUGUAAAAUUCAUGUGCAAUUUAAAAUAGUUUACUUUAUGGACACCCUGUAUAAUUUAGUGUCCGAAGUGAAACAACACAUUUGAGUAGGGGGAAGGGUUCCACUAUUAAUCAAUAUAUUGAGAAACAAAAAUGAACUUGGACUGUCUACCUAAACCAGAAUGACUGGUUAUUCCAAGUUUAGACCUCUUGUGUCAAAACUCUCUUAUUUCAGUAUGUGAAUGGGAGGGUUAUUAUUUGUGAUUUUGCUGAUUAUAUGUUUCUUUGAGGGGAGAAAAUAAUGUGGGUACAUAUGUAUACACACACACAUACAUACAUAUGUGUUUACACACGUGUAGUGUGUGCAUAUGCAUAGACACAUAUGUGCAUAUACACACACACAUUUCCCACCUCCAAAAUGUUACCUGCUGAAACAAACAGUUUUCUGUCUGAAGCUCUAGAAAUAACGGUUGGCUACUGGUCAUACUCUCCUGUGAUGGACAACGGAUAUUAUGAAACUAUGGGCAGCACCCUUUGAAUAUGGUACAGCUGCUCUUCUGCAUACAGUAUACUCUGGAAAAGUGGUUUCUAUGCAAGCUGAUUUGCGUGACUUGAACACUGCCAUAAUGUCAUUAAUGUGUUUCUUCACUUGCGAUCGUGAUUCAAUUAAGUUUUCUUUCAUGAUCAACUUUCUCUGUGCAACCCCUGUCACUCUGGCCCCGUUAUCACUGUCUGACAUGGUGAAUUUUUUUUGUUCAUAAGUUCGUGAUUCUUUUUUGUAAGGCUGUACUCCUUUGGUGAUGGGCAUUGCCACCACCAACUUGUCUGCACUGUAAUAUUGAGUUCUCUCCACCUUGCUGCCAUCCACGCCGUGGAGUGGGACUCUGGCAUAGUUAUAUACGCAGUGGAUAUGACCUGUAAGGUCUGUUGUCCUCAGCAGGAAUUAAGGACUUUCCUCUUACUGGCCCACAUGACUGUCCUUGGUCCUCUGCUGAGGGAGAUAGAAGGGGCUGCACUGCCACUGUGGGAAGGAGGCACAAAGCUUCCCUGAGUGCACAUGUUCUGAGGAAAGAACUCAGGUCCUUGGCCUCUUAUUUAACUUCCUCGAAAAGCUUUCAUGUGAAGUAAGUUAUAAGUUUUCAUAUAAAUAAAUGAAAAAGCUUAAAAUGCGAACUUACCAUUUUCGAGGGGACAAGUUACUGAAAUUUUCCAAGCAUUGAAAAUUUCUCCAGAAAUGCAUUCAGGUGAAAAGAAAGGACUCUUUCUUUAAGAAUAUAUGGUCUUCAUAUCAGAAGGGUCAAAUUUUUCCUUCAUUUGGUAUAUUUAAAAAUCAUACAAUUAAACCAACACAUCUGUUGAUUUUUCCUUCCCUCUGAGUCAUAUCUGUUUCUUUAACCUUUCUCUGGAAAGGAAAAGUCUUAUACAUGAAUUGAGCAACUAUGUUUGCAUUAGCUCUGAAGGUUUGAAUUUCCUUCUUUUUUAAUGUGCAGAUUAUUGGUGAGCAUUGUUGUAAGAACUAUUUUUGGUUGUACAGUCUGCUUGUCUCAUUGUAAUUUUUGCGCUUCUCUUGAUUGCAUGAAUAUUUUUUAAGAAAGGAAGAAAAGACAAUUGGUAACCUUGUUAAGGAACAUAUGGCAUAAUGUAGUUGGGAAGGUCUAGUAUUUUGAUUAGAAAGAAUAAUUAAACACCCAGUCUGUUCUCCUGCUUUAAGUAUCUUAAUUGGCCCAAAGAUUUGUUUUCAAUUCUUCCAUUUAGUCAGUCAUUUAUUUAUUAUAAAGAUGACUAAGAUGUAUUUCAGACUUUAUGAAAUUUGAAUGUACUGAUAAUCAAUGAAUUAACUUAGUCAUCGAUCCCACACAUUUUAUUUACUUAGAUUUUUUUUUUUUUUUGAGACAAUGUAUACAAAGGCAUACCCGGGAAAGACUGCAAAUUUGGUUUCAGAUCAUAACAAUAAAGCAAAUAAUUCAAUAAAGCAACUGAAAGUUUUUGGUUUCCCAGGGCAUAUAAAAUUUAUGUUUAUACUAUACUAUAGUUGUUAAGUGUGCAAUAGCAUUAUGCCUAGA